AUGGGAAAUGGUGCACGUACCGUUGACGAUGCCAACGGAAAAGGAGAAGCAAUCAUUCAGUGUGUGAUGGAGUGGCAGAAAGAAGCCGAACCCAAGGUUAAGGAGUCUGACAAAAACGCAGUUGAGGACCCCAAGUGCUUCUUUGGCUGGUGUCCUAAUUUGAAGUACCGUUACGACCUCAGCAAGAAAGCGGAGGAGGAUGCACAUGUCCUUGAUAAGCUUCUGGAUCUUCAUACGGAAUUCAAAGAAAAAGUUUCUCAACCUUAUGACCCGAAGGUGAGAUGGGCGACACCAUCGGAGAGUUACGUGGCCUUCGACUCGAGAGAGUCCAUUCUGAGCCUGAUUUUGGAGGCAUCAAAAGAUGAUACUGUGAAGGUCAUUGGCGUGCAUGGUGAAGCUGGAGUAGGGAAAACCACACUCAUCAAUCGAGUAUCCAAUAUGGCUAAGGCGGACGAGGUGUUUGAUUGGGUGGCUCUUGCAAAUGUAACAAAGACGCCAGAUGUUAAGAACAUUCAAAGAGAGCUUGCAGAGUGUAUCGGUGACAGUUCUCUAGGGGACUCGCCAGAUGCAAGAGCAAGCAAGCUGCGCACUAUAUUGGGGAAGAAGAAAAAGGUUUUGGUGAUUUUAGAUAACAUGUGGGUGAGUUUGAAAUUGGAAGAAGUCGGAAUUCCAUUCGGAGAUCAUCAGCAUAGAGGGUGCAAGGCACUGGAAUCAUCAAGAGAUCCCAAUGUCUUAUUUGAAAUGAAUGCAGAUAAAUCCUUCCCGGUUCAUGUUUUAAAAGAAGACGAAGCCUGGAAUCUGUUUAAGAAAAUUGUUGGUGAUCGUGUUAACGAUGCCGAUGUGCAGUCUAAAGCUCUUGAUGCCUGUAGAAGAUGUGGGGGGUUGCCGCUUACCAUCGUGACAACUGCAAAUUACUUGAAGAAGGCGCCUCCCUCUGAAUGGGAAACUGCUUCAAAACUGCAAAUAAGUCUUUCCACAGCCAUAGAGUCAAGUUUCAAUCAAUUGGCAACUGAUGAACUUAAAUCUUCUUUCCAGCUUUGUAGCCUCAUGCCAUACAAUGCUACCAUUUUCGACUUGAUGAAAUACAGUAGGGCUUUCGGUUUGCUUCGAGGAAACGAAACAACGAAAGAAGCACAUCGGAGAUUAUACAGACUGGUACAGUACAUCAAAUCCACAUGUUUAUUAUUUGAUGGUCGUAUGGCCAAGGAGUUUGCAAUGCAUGAAGUCAUUCGCGAUGUCGCUGCAUCAAUAGCAUCCAGGAAGGGACUUCCGGAUCGGCUAGAAUGGCUGCAGCUGAAAGCUUUUCAACUUUACAACAAGAAUCCUUCUUUGAGAAUCACUGAUCAAUUUUUCUCAAAGAUGGAAGAAUUGCAAGUCUUAGAUGUGAAAGGAGUGCAGAAUUUGUCGUUGCUUCCUUCAUUGCAUGAAAUGGUUGAAACGAUGAAGAAACCCGAAAUCCUUAGCUUGUACGAUUCCAUCAUAGAAGCGCUGCCUGAAGAAAUAGGUCAAUUGACUCAGCUAAAGGUAUUGAACUUGGAUAAUUGCUCCAAACUCAGCGUGAUUCCUCCAGAUGUAAUAUCAAAGUUGUCUCGACUGGAAGAAAUGCACAUCGGUAACAGUUUCGCUCAAUGGGAGGAUGGACAAACUGCAGGGCGUCAUGCUAGUCUCAGUGAGUUGAAUCAGUUGCCUGAUCUAACCAGUUUAAACUUGCAUAUCCCUGAUUAUAGUAACAUGCCAAAGAGAACCUUCUCGGACAAGUUGCAAAGAUUCAAGAUAUUGAUCGGAAACAGGUGGGAUUGGUCGGACAAGCAUGAAGCCUCAAGAAUGUUGAAGAGUGUUCGGGAUUUCUUAAACAAUUUCAACGAGAGUAGAACAGGCUUUCCACAACUGAAGUAUCUCCAUAUCCAAAAUGGUCCGGAAACGAGGCACAUCAUUAACUUGGUUGAGGAGGUUACUCUUGUUGCCUUUCCAGUCUUGGAGUCAUUGUAUCUUCAGAAUUUAGUAAACUUGGAGAGGAUACGUAAUGCUCAGCUCGAAAUGCAACCCUUUGCAAAGUUAAGAGAGAUAACUGUGGAAAGUUGCUAUAGAUUGAAGCAUUUGUUUUCGUUCUCCAUUGCCAGAGGCCUUCAACAACUUGAAGAAAUUCAAGUGGCCGAUUGCAGAAACAUGGUAGGGAUCAUUACAGAGGGAAGAGGAAGUGAUGUUGGUGACGAUGAAGCAACAACCACAGUUGAAUUAGAGCACCUGCGGCCCUUGACACUACAACAACUACCGAAGCUGAUCGGUUUCAACGCAAGCAGUACGACCGUGGCACUAUUCAAUGAAAAGGUCACAAUUCCCAGUUUACAAAAUUUUAAAUUGUCGUCUAUUAACGCAUCACGAAUGUGGCAGGAGCAGCUUUUUUCAGUGCCUACUUGCAUUCAAAACUUAACCACCAUCACUGUGGAGGGUUGUGAUAAUCUGAAAUUUCUACUAUCAUCCUCUAUGGUACCAAGUCUGGAGCAAUUGAUCCAUCUAGAAAUAAGUGACUAUAAGUUAAUGGCGGGAAUCAUUGAAGAAGCGAUGACAGAGGAAAGGAUGGAGAAAAUCGUGUUCCCGAAGCUUAGUUCGUUGAAGAUAAAAGGCCUUCCAAGGCUGACCAGAUUUUGCUCAGGCAAAGCAGUGCAGUUUCCAUCCUUGAACCAAUUGCGGAUAGAGCAUUGUCCUAAGCUAGGGACAUUCAUCUCCAACUCCAUGAAGAAAGGAAUUCAGCCUCUCUUCGAUGAAAAGGUAGCAUUUCCUAGCCUGGAGAAGAUGGUAAUCUCCCAGUUGAGAAACUUGAAAAUAUUGUGGAAUGAUCAAUUACCUGAAAGUUCCUUCUGUGAACUAAAAACAAUGGAAGUCGAGAACUGUUCCCAGCUACAGACAGUGUUCCCAUUUAAUAUGGUAGAAAGAUUUCGAAGGUUGCAGGCCCUGGUAAUUACUGGUUGUGCUUCACUGGAAUAA